AUGAUCAAGACUCUUUCGUUGUCGCUGUGGUUGACAUCGAUGGUUCGCCUCGUACCUGCUUCUCCAGCCGUUGAGUUGGAGGCUAGGGCUACCCCGGACAACAUCGUCUACAUCACUGAUGCGCAGAAAUAUUGUAUGAUCAUGCCCAAGAACCCGCAUACGAAUAUUGGGGACAGCGAGUACCCUGGCGGGAUGACGACGUAUUGCUCUCCCCAAGGAAAGUAUGAUCCGUCGCAGGGUACUUUACCCGCAAAUGUCUGGAGUAACGUCGAGUUUAAGACUGGGAGGAGUGCGAGUGGGGCGAGGUUCGCCCAGCUGACCGGGUGCAUCAGACCUGAGUUGGUGGACAGGCUGAAUGUGAAUGAUGGAGGAGGACAGUAUGAUUCGAGUGGAGGGGAUGGAAGACACGGGAAUCCUGCUGGAAGUGUUUGUCUGGGCUACAACCAUUACGUCGAACUGGUCGAACCAGCGGAUCGUCGUGCUUGCAUCAAGUGCUGCGACAAUUACUGGGACUGUCCUCUGGACCGAGAUACGUCUGGCUGUCCGGCGGUCAUACAGGGAAAUUACUUCAAUUGCGGGUGA